AUGGAAACCGAGGACAUAGAGGACGACCCUGGGGACGGGGUGAUCAUCAUGGAAAGAGGUCGUGGGACCGAGAAGGUGACGACAGUUAUCAUAACAAAAGGGGACGAGGUGGAAGAGGUGGAGAUCGUGGCCCACCGCGCAACUAUAGUCGUGCUCAUGUUUAGAAGUCUUGAUGAUGGUUUUGACCCGUUCGAACCAUUUGAGGGACCUGUUCGUUUGCCUUCUUCUUACUUGAAUAAGAAAGAAGGCGAUAGCAGCAACGCCAUUCACUCUGAACAAGCAAAUGGUAGCAGCGAAAAGCUGGAAAAUGCUGCGAAGAGUUGGGAAAAGUAUGUUGCUACGGAGAGCGAGUUCGCAACACCCUCGUACGAUGGCACUAUAGCAGGCGUGGAUGUAUCAGGCGAUCUUCCGGGUAAGACAGUUUUUGCAGCUAAAAGCACCUAUGAUUUCACCGCUAACGGACGUAAUUCUUCUUUCGUUGCUUGGAAGGAGCUUUUUGUCAUUAUUCGCUUACAUCUCAGAGUGGUAUCCCAGAAUUCAUCGUUUUUAAAACAAUAUUUUCAUUUGAGUGUCAAACGAAGAAGAUGGCGAAUAUGACA